AUGCAGUCGAUGCCCAUGGAGGUGGGAAGCAGCAGCAGCUCAGGUGGCCCAGUGGUGCAGGUGAGCUUCCCCAGCGCUCAGGCCUCGGUUCUGGACGGCCUGAACCGUCAGAGAGAGGACGGCAGCCUCUGUGACCUCUCCAUCCACGUCCAGGGACACGUGUUCAAGGCCCACCGCUGCGUCCUGGCUGCGUCCUCGCCGUACUUCCACGACCAGGUUCUGCUGAAGAACAUGUCGACGGUCUCCAUCCCGGCGGUGAUGGACCCGCUGGCCUUCGAGAGCGUUUUGAGCUGCGCCUACACCGGUCAGCUUCGAAUGCUGCGAGACGACAUCGUCAACUACCUCACCGUGGGCAGUGUGCUGCAGAUGUGGCACAUCGUGGACAAAUGCACCGAGCUGCUGAGGGAGGGCCGCGCUGCAGCCACGGGGGGUGGAGGAGGAGCAGCAGCACAGGAAGGAGCAGGAGGAGGUGAAAGGUCAGCCAACUCUGGGUGUAGCAGCAGCAACACUGAGGGUGAUGCUAACAGAGCUGGCAGCACAGGUGGUGUCCAGGUUGUGGAGUCCGAUGAACCCCAAAGAGCCCCCCAAGUCCCCAGCCGGCCCUCAGUGAGCGAGAGCCAGUCCCCCAGCAGCACCAACUACUUCAGCCCCCGAGACGGGAGCGGCUUUGGAGGAGGUGGAGCAGCUGCAGCGGGGGCUUUGGUGGACGGAGGCAGAGCCAGCAACACCCCCAGCUACUGCACCCCCUCAGGAGGAGAGGAGGCUCUGCUUAUUGAGGAGGAGGAGGAGGAUGAAGAGGAGGAGGCGCUGUACCACCAAAGGAAGAGAGGAAGAGGAGGAGGCAGCGGAAGGAGGAAGAAAUCGAGCUCCGUGUUGGAGCAGGAGGUCGGGGUCAGCGACAGCUUCGGUGUUUCCUCCUACCAGGACGGGGAGGACUCGGCGAUGUCCCCACAGAAGCGUCCCACCUACAGCCAGCCCAGCAUCAUGCCCCGCAAACAGUGGGUGGUGGUGAAAACUGAGCGCGCCGAGGACGACGACCUGAUCGUGGUGUCCGGGGAGGAGGCAGGAGACGACGAGGAGGACGAGGAUGAGAGGGAGAUGGAGCUGGUGGCACAAGACAGGGAGAGGGGCAACUUCAACAUUUCAAACGUCAGGAGCCUUUCCAACGAGCUGGGGGGCCGAGCGGAGAGCGACAUGGACUCACAGGUGGACUACUGCCAGACUUCAGAAGACUACCUCAAGUUUGAAGGCAGUCUGAUGGAACAGACCUUAGCUCAACACCUUCAUGACAACACUGCAGGUCAGAACCAGAACACCAGCCGGGCAGUUUCAGCUCUGCUUGGCCAGGUUCAGUCUGCAGCCUCGGCCCGGGCCCAGCUCUUGCCGCUGGACAUGCAGGGGAACCAGAUCCUGCUCUACAACCAGGCCUCCGGACUCUCCAUGGAUUCUGCCACUCCUCCACUGGGGAUGGCAGGAGGGAUGAUGGGGGGAGCCUCCUUCAAAGGUUCUAGUUUGGAGCACGGAGCAGUCCAUCUGCAGGCUGUUUUGGGGGCUGAUGGUCCAGACGGUGGAGGGGCUGGAGGCAGCUGCAGCGGUAGUAGCACCGGUGGAUCAACGAAGGUGUUUAUGUGUCACUGUGGGAAGACAUUCACCCAUAAGAGCAUGAGGGACCGACACAUCAACAUGCACCUGGACCUGCGGCCGUUCCACUGCCCCGUCUGUGCCAAGAAGUUCAAGAUGAAGCACCACCUGACGGAGCACAUGAAGACCCACACCGGCCUCAAGCCGUACGACUGCCUCAGCUGCGGCAAGAAGUUCAUGUGGCGCGACAGCUUCAUGAGGCACCGCUCGCACUGCGAGAGGCGUGGCGGGCCGGGGGACGGAGGAGACGGAGGGGGAAGUGGUGACAGAGGGAGGCGAGGAGGGGGUGGAGGUGAGGAUGGGCCAGAUUUUAGUUCCUCCCCUCACCACCUCCUGUCUCCAGGUGAAGGAGGACGGAGCAGCGUCCUGGGAGGAGGAACUCUGGUGCCUCAGCACGGCGCUGGUGCGGUCACAGGAAGCAUCAGCAACACGGUGGCUGCUGCAGGGGCACUGCUGGGGGUGGUCUCUCAGAGUCCGGGUCAGAAUCAGGGGCCGGGGAUGUUUGGAGGUCUGGGUGUGUGUGAUGAAGACGUGUGUGAAGUCAGUCCGGAUGAAAGCAGCAUGACUUAAACCAGAGUUCUGUUUUAUCUAAGGGGGCUUUGGUUCUUCUGGUUCCUGCUGCAGGAAGCAGCCCGGUCCUCUUCCAAAAGACUUUGAAGCAGUUUGUUAAGGAUGGGGCUGCUGUUGAGCACAU